AUGCCACGGGGGGCCGCCCGAGGACAGGACCACCCCCAGUUUGCACAUGGGGAAACUGAAGCCGAGAGCAAGACUGAGCCGACCGCCUCACACCCGCCUGAAAGUCUGACCCUAAGGACCGCUGACCCCGGGCCCCGGCCGGCCAGCAACAUCGACCUAAAGACUCCAGGGGAGAAAGAGAGCCUUGAGUUUUUUGGGGGCCUCGUCAGGAGGAAGUGGUUGGGCGGUCUUCUGCGCGUCUUGCCCGCCGCCCGCAGCGCGCCGGGUCCCCGCGAGGGCCUUCUUUUAACCGCGCUGCAGCAGCGCCGGUUCCGUACCACGUGCCCAGUCACGCCCCCGGCGCGGGACCGCCUCCCACCGCCCCGCCACCCCGCCCACCAAUCACCGGCCUCUUCCGGAGUGCCGGCGUCGCCCCGCCCCUCCACCGUCCCUCCCACCAACCUCCGAGCUCUCCGGGCCGAGGCGGCGGAGCCGCGGGUGAGAGCGCGGGGCGCGGGCUGCGGGUCCUGCCGGAGCGGGCCGGGCGGCGCGGGCGGCGCGGUGCGGUGCGGGCGGGCGCGCGCUGUGGCCUGCGCUGCGUGGACCGCGGGCUGGGUGCUGGCGGCCGCGCUGCUGCUCCGCGCGCACCCGGGCGUCCUCUCCGAGCGCUGCACCGACGAGAAGAGCCGGCGCAUCCUGGCCGCGCUGUGCCAGGAGUACCGGGGCGGGGUGCUGGUGGGGGACCUCUGCGAGGACCUGUGCGUGGCGGGGACACUGAGCUACCAGCGCUGUCUGUACUACGAGAGAGGCAAGAAGGUGCUGCAGGCCGACUGGCGCGGCCGGCCCGUCGUCCUCAAGUCCAAGGAGGAGGCCUUCUCCAGCUUCCAGCCGCUCAGCCUGCCGGACGACGCGGCCGAGGACGGCGGCCAGGACUUCCCGGAGGCCGAGCUGCUGCUGGUGGUGGCCGGUGAGGUCAGGAACGCCCUGGGCCUGGAGCUGCCCAACGGCAGCCUGGGGCCGCUGUGGCCCCGGAGGCGCGGCCGUCGCUGGCUGGGCCAGCUGGCCACCCUGUGGUCCCUGGUCCAGCAGGAGGAGUUCGUCCUGUUCAGCCUGCUGCAGGACCUGAGCCGGCACGCCCCGCCCGUGCUGGGCUCCUGCGGCCACUUCUACGCGGUGGAGUACCUGGCCGCGGGCAGCCCCCGCCACAGGGCCCUCUUCCCCCUGGACGGGGCCGCAGGCGCCCCCCGGGGCGGCCGGGGCCAGGCCAAGGCCAUCAGCGACAUGGCACUCAGCUUCCUGGACAUGGUGAGCCAUUUCGACGACGACUUCUCCCACCGCCUCCACCUCUGCGACAUCAAGCCCGAAAACUUUGCCAUCAGGAGUGACUUCACGGUGGUGGCCAUCGACGUGGACAUGGCCUUUUUUGAACCCAAAAUGAGGGAAAUUCUCGAGCAGAAUUGCACGGGGGAUGAGGACUGCAAUUUCUUUGACUGUUUUUCAAAGUGUGAUCUGCGAGCCCACAAGUGUGGAGCAGAAAGAGUCAACAGCAACCUGCAGGUCGUCUGUGACAAGAUAUUCCGCCACUGGUUCUCCUCCAGUCUCAGGACCUCGGCCGUCUCCGUCCCGCUUCAGCUACAAUUGCGGGACGCGGUCCAGGAAUGCGCAGACCCUCGGGGCACCUCCGGCAGCGCCCCGGGAGCCGCCCCUGACGUGUUCUGGAAGCUUCAGCGCCUCCUUCAAGCCACACAGAGGGAACUGCAGGAGGCAGAGAAGUAGCCACUCCCGUGGCCUUGGGUCCCUUCCCUCUAUGUUGGUUCAAGGACGGGACGUUUCCUCUAUGCAAAUGAGUGCACGCGCAGGUGUCGCUGUGGUCCUUCUGAAAUGUGAAAUCUCUGAUGCCCUUCCCACCGCACUCCAGCUGCCCUCAUGUGCGUCCUUCUGUCCCAUCCUGGCUUGAUUCGCCACCGCGCUGGCCUCUGACCUGCCACCCUUUAAAAGUGACACGAGGGAGGCAGGUACAGCGGUUUCCUCUUGGAGGCCUCUUCGCCGGGAAACAGCACAAAUCCCACUCUGAGGAUCGUGCUUGUGCUCACCUGAGAGCCAGGGCUUCGAGCUGUCCUGCCUGCACACGUGCCCACAUUUAAAGAAGUGCACGUGCGUGCACACGAGCCAGUGUUCACACGGGAGUGCUCGUGUCAGUGUGUGCACGCGUGCGUGAGGACGUGCCUGCCUGAACGAGCUUGAGCAGGGAGCGCGGGAGGCUCCGGGGCAGGGGAAGGGGUGUCCCCUCUGGGACAAGAGGGCUGCCUUUGUUUUGGAAUAAAAUACAAUCAAAACAGAAGUUGCAUCUGUAACGCAAACAUAAUCCGUCAGGAGAGGACGUGUCAGGACAGCGUAUAGCCGUUUUCCUCCUGAGGGGCCCGUCGAUUUUAUGGAGCCUGU